AUCAUAUCAUACUCCCAGCUUCAUCUUAUCCCAUCCAUCGUCUUCUCUUAUCUGCACGAUACUCUUAGAUCUCCGAUUUUGCUUCUUAUAUUCUUGGUGCUCCGUUUGAACCCGUCUGUUUGACUGACUGUCAUCAACUCUCACCAUGCCUAGCGCCACGGGAGAGAACUGGGAGAAGUACAAGAAGACCUACGCCGAUGACGAAGAACCCGAGAAGAAGAUCGCACCAUUGACAGAUAGUGAUAUCCAAGUACUGAAAACAUACGGCGCCGCGCCCUACGCCAACGCAUUAAAGAAGCUGGAGAAACAGAUCAAGGACAAACAAUCGAGCGUCAAUGAGAAGAUCGGCGUGAAGGAAUCCGAUACCGGUCUCGCACCGCCACACCUUUGGGAUGUCGCUGCGGACCGACAACGUAUGGCGGAGGAGCAGCCGUUGCAGGUGGCUCGGUGCACAAAGAUCAUUCAAGAUGAGAAGGACUCGGACAAGAGCAAAUAUGUGAUCAACGUGAAGCAGAUCGCCAAGUUCGUUGUCAAUCUAGGGGAGCGCGUGAGUCCUACGGAUAUCGAGGAAGGGAUGCGAGUUGGUGUCGACCGCAACAAGUACCAGAUCAUGCUCCCUCUCCCCCCCAAGAUCGACCCGAGCGUGACGAUGAUGACGGUGGAGGACAAGCCUGACGUAACAUACGGAGAUGUUGGUGGUUGCAAAGAUCAGAUCGAGAAGCUGCGAGAAGUGGUCGAGAUGCCACUGCUGUCCCCCGAGCGCUUCGUGAAUCUCGGUAUUGACCCGCCCAAGGGUGCGCUGUUGUACGGUCCUCCCGGUACCGGUAAGACGCUGUGUGCUCGAGCCGUCGCCAACCGAACAGACGCCACGUUCAUCCGUGUCAUCGGUAGCGAGUUGGUUCAGAAGUAUGUCGGUGAAGGUGCCAGGAUGGUCCGGGAGCUCUUCGAGAUGGCACGGACCAAGAAGGCCUGCAUCAUCUUCUUCGACGAGAUUGACGCGGUCGGUGGGGCUCGUUUCGACGAUGGCGCCGGUGGUGACAACGAGGUGCAGCGAACGAUGCUGGAACUGAUCACCCAGCUGGAUGGGUUCGACGCCCGUGGAAACAUCAAGGUGAUGUUUGCCACCAACCGACCGUCCAUCUUGGAUCCGGCCCUCAUGCGUCCGGGUCGUAUUGACCGUAAGAUCGAGUUCUCCCUCCCCGACGUGGAGGGCCGUGCCAACAUCCUCCGCAUUCACGCCAAGAGCAUGUCGGUGGAGCGGGACAUCCGAUGGGAGCUGAUCUCUCGACUGUGCCCGAACUCCACGGGUGCGGAGCUCCGCAGUGUGGCCACAGAGGCCGGUAUGUUUGCCAUCCGGGCCCGCCGCAAGGUGGCCACGGAGAAGGACUUCCUGGCCGCGGUGGACAAGGUGAUCAAGGGCAACCUGAAGUUCAACUCGACGGCGACGUACAUGCAGUACAAUUAAUUUCCCUGGGGUUAUGGCAUAGC